AUGUCUGAACUCGCGAGAACCCUGCCAGCUUCUUGGUAUUGCAAUGAGCCGCUCUAUCAGAUGGAGCGUCGUGCCGUCUUUCUCAAGUCUUGGUACCUCCUCGGACCUGUGACGAGAUUCCAGACUGUGGGAGAGCAUGUUGAUUAUGAGGUUGCACAAACACCCAUCUAUGCUAUUCGCACCGGAGGAGAUGAUCUGAAUCCAGGUCGUGAUAAUUUGAAGGUGUUCUGCGCAAAGACGGACAAAGAAUUGCGCUUCCAUGUCACCCCAACUGGUCUCCUUUUCUCCACAAUAUCGGAUGAUGCACCCAGCUUCUAUGAGUUCUUCCCGGAGCUGGAGGAGCUACUGGGGAGGGUCGACUUCACUAGGCUCCCGCAUCGUCGCAGCAUUCGCUAUGAAGGUCGGUUCAACUGGAAGACCAUGGUGGAUGGAUAUCAGGAGUGUCUGCAUUGCCAGUACACUCAUCCAUCAUUCUCAGUCUACUACCCGCCCACUUUCUACGCCGUGCACAACAAGCAUAAUUUCUCCCAGCAUAUCGCUGAUCCUAAGAAGCCAGACGAUGGACUGUUUCUCUACUUCUUCCCCAACUGUACGCUCAAUGUGUACGGCGGGGGCAUGUCCUCGUUCCGCGUGUGUCCCACUGCAGAUCCCCAUGUAACCCGGAUGGAGUUCGACUACUACCACCUGGAAUCCGGAGAUAAAUUCGAAGAAUACUUCAAGUUUGUCCGCCAGGUCGCAAUGGAAGACUUCGAGCUGUGUGAGAAGGCACAAGAUAAUCUAGCCAAGGGUGUCUACCACGAGGGCAUCCUGAACCCCAUCCAGGAGAAUGGCGUAUCCUACUACCAGAAACGGGUCUUUGACUUGGUCCUCGAACAACACCAAGCCGACCGAAAGGCCCAAAGCGAGGAAUCCACCCUGGAAGAACAUGCAGCACCAUCCACUGUCGAAACGGCAGCGUAGAAUAAAACUUUG